CUCAUCACGGAUGCGGAAGUGUAAACCGCGAUGUUUUGAAAGCAGCCAAAGUUUGAAUCUUAAUUAGAGUAAUAUGGACUGUUUGCGUUAUUGUGCUGGUUUUAGACAGCUGUUACUAGUUUUAGCAGGAGUAACUUUGUAAGAAGUGAGUAUAGUAAACGAGCUAGCUAGAAGGCUAGUGGUGGAAAGUAUUAGCCAGCGUUUUGGAAACUUUGCACUGGACGCCAGCAUGCGGCUGAGUUUUCAGGCGCCGGACGCGUUUUCAGGGGAUGAAGAUGAUAAUAAUGAGACUAAUGGAGCUCCACAUGAAGCCACACUGAACAGGACGCCAGGUGAAAGCAGGGUGAGCCGCGUUAAGGCUCGGUAUCACCGCUUCAGGGCUCCGGUGCAGAGGUACUGGAGGAGCCAGUGGCCAGUCCGUAUCUGCUCCAUGCUCUGCUGUCUGCUCGUCGUUUCAUUCAUCGCUGUUCUCUCCUCCUUCCUGUAUGUCAUCCUGAAAGAUCUUCGGGCGGAGAAGGUUACCUCUGAAGAUGGAACAGAAGUAAGACUUCUAGGCUUUUGGAGUAUGUUGGUUCUCUCAUCCUUGGCUGGAGUGUUGUGUUGCAGUUUUUCCUGGACUCUAACCUACUUUGACUCGUUUGAGCCUGGGAUGUUCCCCCCCACACCACUUUCUCCAGCCAAAUUCAGGCAAAUGACUGGCCACUCCUUUCAUAUGGGCUACAGCAUGGCUAUACUCAAUGGCAUUGUGGCUGGACUCACUGUCUUCUGGUGUCUUAUUUAAGACAUAGACACUCAUGUACCCUGCCAUUGCCUACGACACUAUCCUCACCUCAUCAUCAUGAUCAACAGACACAUAUGGGUAAUUUAAAAAAGCAUAUAAUGCAAAUUAUGGCCAUUGUUAUGUUGUUUCAGCUUUCUUUUUUUGUUAUUCAGAUAAAGUGUUAUUCAUAUAAAGUAUAAUUCUAUUACUUAUUUAAAAGCACAUCAUACCUGCAACAGAUUUCCAUUCUAAACAGCAAAUUAGAAAUUCCACUUGCUAAAACUGUGUUCUUAAGGAUCUGGACCCAGAUCUCUGAAAGCUCCUAUUAUUUAUUGGAAUACAAAUCUAGCUUUACAUGCCAAAAGAACUUUAAUGAAAAUAGGAUCAUUACAUACACCAUGCUAAUAGCAUACAAAACCUGCUUACUUACUACACAUUUGGAAGAACUGGAAAGUUUCUCUGGAGCAUUUAUGAAAAACAUUCUAUGCACUAAUAGCUUUUGUCUAAACGGAUCAGGAAGAUAAGUUUGUUCUGGAUGAAACCAUGUUAGUGCAAAUGAUGCCUUCUUUAUCAUUUAAUUGUGUUUGUUUUUUUUUUGAAAAGAGCUCUGUGUUGUAACUGCAGCAGUAAUGUUUCAUCAUCAUGACUGUAAUACAUUAAAGUCGACUUUCUUUUUUUUUUUUUUUUUUUUUAAACACAGCUACAACUUUACUGCUUUAGGAUUAAUGAAAUGUACAUUUUAUGUGAUCAGUGAAAUGCAGACAGCAGGUCUCUUUUGUGUUUUAUUAAAGCAAACAGUCUUGUAAUGAAAUAAAUAGUUAAUAAUAUGGCCUUUGAGAGAGAUGGAGAUUUAACAUAUUUUGCAAUGAUUCGAUUUCAGCAGGAGCUUUCUGUUUGAAACUAAAUUAGCUAAUGCACUGCUUCAGUUGAUACUGAGACUUAGUAAUGUUUAGUUAGAACAUUUUUUACCUACUGUUUGUGUUUUGGUUUGAAUUAUUGCAUCUGCCUGGAAAGGAAAUCAUGAACCUUGUGCACUCUUCUGUAUGAAUAUAAAUGAUCUAAACCACAGCCUUGUAAACUGUUGUCUCGUAAAAUAAGGAAUUUACAUGUGGGUUUUAAUCUGGUGUGAUCUGAUUCCAAACACCUCGUGCUCCUCUCUCCCAUGCUGUAAGGCUGAUAAGCUGUUACAGCAAAUGGGCAAAUCUUUGCCAAAGUCAUCAAAGAAAGGACUUCACGUCUGGUCUCGCAUUCACACUUGCAUCAAGAAGGUAUGCAAAUCAUAGCACUGGAGCAGGCGGACCAGCAUCUCAGCCAUAAACAUACUAAAUGUUUCACAUAUGGGUGAUCAUUCCUGCUUAAGAUAUUUAUAUUGUAAAGGUCUUAGAUGCUCCUAGACAACUAGUAACCAUAAGAGACUUAGUUCUGUACAGUUAGGGGACAUCUUAUGGCCUUUCAGUAGAACACUUUUUUAUCAUAUCCUGUGAUGAUGUAUGUCAUAUAUAUUUGUCUUAAAUAUCCUGUCCUAAUUUGUUAGAUUUAUAGUUGUAGAACAGCCUCACAUUCUCACCUUCAACAGUUCCUCAAAUUCUCACAGCCUAAACUAUAUCCUCUUCUGUGAUGUAUUAUUAUUUGUCUUAUUUUAUUCUUGGUGUUAUGCUUGUGGACCACUCAGGGAUAUAAAAGAAAUUACUGAUGUAGUCCUCUGGUUGCGUCAUCCAGCAUUCUCUUUUAAUUCAUGUAUAAAAGAACGAAGGUCAAUAAACAUGUAUGCCCAA